AUGGUGAACGUUCCGAAGACAAAGAAGACCUACUGCAAGAACAAGGAGUGCAAAAAACACACCUUGCACAAGGUCACUCAGUACAAAAAGGGGAAGGAUAGCCUAGCUGCUCAGGGGAAGCGUCGUUAUGAUCGCAAGCAAUCAGGUUAUGGAGGUCAGACAAAGCCAGUGUUUCACAAGAAGGCGAAGACAACAAAGAAAAUUGUGUUGAGGCUGCAAUGUCAGGCAUGCAAACAUGUGUCCCAGCAUCCAAUCAAGAGGUGCAAGCACUUUGAGAUUGGUGGAGACAAGAAGGGAAAGGGAACAUCUCUGUUCUAA